UAGAAAAGUAAAAGCAACAUCUUCCGAUUUGAGGAUUUAGGGACUUUAAAGUAUUUAAAUACGCAAUAAUUGGAAUUGUUUGGUAUAUUAAACACAAAGAAGUAAGCACAACACAAUAGUGAAGACCAUUGAUAGUUAAUCAAUGUAAAGUCUUCUAGACUAGCCUUCUCACGUACCAUCGUGAGUAAGUUCAAGUUCAAGUGCAAAUUCAGCAUACUUUUGUGCUUCAUUUUAAUUUAAUUGUUAUAUAUCCCUAACGUCGUACCAACGAAACUGUGCAUUCGUUUAUGUAAUCUAAUUACAAAGAUAGAACAUAAAAAGAUUACCUUCGCUAUGGCACAAAAACAGGACGAUGAGUUCAUUCCAUUAAAUAAACGUUGUAUCAGUCAUUCCGUACAAGGCAAUCAAAACGUUGUUGCAGCAUUGAAUAUCAUUUGGGCAGAUAAUCGCUGCUUUACGAAGUACACAAGUUUUAAAAGCAAUUUAGAGCCGGAUUCUUCCAAUGAAAAUCAUAGUGCAAUGCAGAUAUGGUGCAAUGAAACAGAAUGGUUUAUAAGAGAUUUGAAACAUUUAUUACAAUUAGAACACCACCGAUAUUGGUCUACGAUUGUAUAUAAUGGAUCCGCCAUGGAGAGCAUUGAUUCAUUCAUGCAGAAUGCAUUACCGUCCUAUUUGAUAUCCACGAUAAACGGAAGCGAUAAAAAAGUUGUAGCUUUAUACAAGGUUGCCCAUACUUAUGUGUUCAAAGUUAUUUGUCGCUUAACCAUGCAGAAGGAAAGCCCUGUUCAUUGGAUUGAAACUGAUUACUUCUUUGAUAUGCUUUAUGAACGUUUUAUCAUUACUAUACCAUUUGUUUUCGAUUUACUAUCAAUUUAUGGGCGAGAUAAUAAGGAAGUGUCGUUUAUAAUUGAGUCAGCAAUCAAAUUUCAGCCAAAAUAUGUUAAAGACCUCAAACAUGGACUUACAUUUUUAUUGAAUGCCCUUACAACCGUCCAAGAGCAGUUAGAAUGUGGAUUGAACGCUUCGGAUUUAUCAAAAAAAGUGCUUAAUGAAUUAGUGUUCUAUUCUCGAGAUUGCAGUUUUAUCUUGUGUUUGCUUGUUGAAAUAUCUCCUUCAAUAAGUAUUAUGUGUUGCGAACAAAAUAUGGAGUAUGCGAUUAGUAACUUUUACGAUAACGUUCUUGUAGCUCUUUAUGAAUAUGUUCAGCAUUUGAAUGGUGACUCGAACUAUUUGGCACUACUUAACGAUGCAAGAAUUGAUAUACUACAAGCAUUUCGGUCUAUAAUGUGUCUUAGAUUAAAAGAAAUACUGCAAAAUCCUGUAAACAGUAUACUUUCGGCAGAUAAAAUUAUAUGUAUACUUACGGAAUGUUUGUCCAACAGUAUGUUCGUGAAUGAUUAUAAGAAUCAGUAUCAAAUCGAUGUAGAUUUAGAAAUAGUCAAGCAGGCGUACGAUUCCAUAGAUGAAUUUAAAUUUGAUUAUAUUCGGCAAGCAUAUACGAUAUCUGACGGACCUACAAAACAGGCUUCGUUUGGAUUCGCCAACGAGGAUGAUUUGUCGCUUAAUUUCGAUACCAAUGACACAAAAGAUGAAGAGAGAGGAAAUGCUGAACAAAUUGAGAAAAACGUGGAUUAUGUGUUGGAUAUUCUACCCCAUUUAAGUCCUGAUUAUGUACGAGAAGUUGUUAGUCGUUGCAACAACUUAGAACAGAUAGUGAUUGAUUUACUUGAAAGCAAUCCUGCAAAUAAUGCAGAUCACAUUAGCGUUCCAUUAGACCCACUCGAUGAGUUUUUCGCGCAAACAGGCAUCGAUAGGCUUAAUAUCUACGAUGGCGAUGAGUUCGAUGUAAUGGUUAACAGUAGUGUUGCGGGAGUUAUAAAAAAAGGUAAAGGCAUGCCUGGUGAACCAAAAACCUUAAACGAGUUGCUGGAUGACAAAAGUCAUGUAAACCAAAUGCGUCAUUUGUAUCAGCGUUUCGAUCAUAUAUCCGAGAACGAAGAUAAUGAGGAAAUGGCUGAAAGAGAAUCACGUCAUGUAACGGUGGUUCGGGAAAUUAAAAAUAUUGUUGAUAACGACAUGGAUAACGAAAGUGAAGUUGAUGAUCAGUACAGUGAUACUGAAAUUGAUACGAAAAAACCAGCUCCACUGUCGUUCUGUUUAAAUCCUGAAGUUGCUAGAAAAAGAUAUGAAGAAAAACUUAAUUCAAAAAUGGUUAGGCGUCAUGGCACAUCUCAAGCACCACAAGGUGCAAAUGAAGUUCGUGGAAACCCGGAAAAACAAGGUCAAAAUUCAACAGUUCUUCAGAACAGGAAAACCAAAAACAAAAAUAAAGCAUCACGGGCCAAUCACAACAGAAAGCAGGGAGCUAAUUAUAAACGAAGCCGUGGCAUGAUGCCAUCAUAAAAUGUCAUUUGUAGGCCUACCUGUUCGAGGUAUAUCUUUAACAUUAGGAAUACAUUAAGAAUAGUAAAUAUAAUUGCGACCUCAAAGAUAAAUAGUAAAUAAUGUCAGGUUUUCUGGAAAAAUGUGUUUAAU